GCACAGGAGCCCGCCCAGCUAAAUCCCGGCGUUCACACACUUAAGCGAGAGCGUCGCUAUAGGUUCAUCCCCAGCCCCAACCCUGGUACCCAGCGGCAGAAAAAGCAGCGGCCCCGGCCUCGCGCUGUUGCAAGCCGGCUCCUUCUGCGCUCGCCGCCCCCCUUCCCCGGAGCGCCAGGCUCCCAUCGCCUUCCUCUUCCCCUCCCGACCCCCCGGCUUCCGCGCGCCGCCGGCCACUAACCCGCUCGCCACCAUGUCCGUAGAACUGGAAGAAGCGCUGCCCCUGACCCCGGCCGAGGAGGCUCCCGACGCCCCCGAGAAGAAACCGGCCAGCAAGAAGGCCAAGGCGGGCUCGUCGUCGCUGUCGCCCUCCAAGAAGAAAAAGAACAACAAAAAGAAGAACCAGCCGGGCAAGUACAGCCAGCUGGUGGUGGAGACGAUCCGCAAGCUGGGCGAGCGCAAUGGCUCAUCGCUGGCCAAGAUCUAUAACGAGGCCAAGAAGGUUCCUUGGUUCGACCAGCAGAACGGGCGUACCUACCUCAAGUACUCCAUCAAGGCCCUGGUGCAGAACGACACGCUGCUACAGGUGAAGGGCACGGGCGCCAACGGCUCCUUCAAGCUCAACAAGAAGAAGCUCGAGGGCGGCGGUGACAAGAAGGGCUCGGGCUCGGCCGCCUCGCACCACAAGGCCAAGAAGGCCACGGCCUCGGCGUCCGCCUCGGCGCGGCGGAGCGACAAGAAGCCGGCCAAAGCCAAGAAGCCCGAGAAGCGGUCCCACAAGAAGGGCGCUGGCGCGGGGGGCGGAGGGGGCAGCGGUAAGAAGGACAAAGGCAAGGCCAAGAAGGCGUCCUCGUCCGGGGGAAAGAAGGUGAAGAAGUCGGCUAAGCCCAGCGUGCCGAAGGUGCCCAAGGGCAGGAAGUGAGGGAGCCGGGGCCCAGGUGGGGGAGGAGGAGGCAGACGAGAUGCUCCGGGGCGCUAGGGCUGCCCAGCCGGGGGAGGGGGCGGGGUGCUCGCCCCGCUCUUCCCCGCCUCCGUCUCUACUGCCCCCUAGUUUUUCCCCCCGCCUCCGCUCACCCUGCGUUACCCAAGCUGUGACAGUCGCCACCCACCGAGUGCUCUCCCUCCGCCAUGAACUGAGCGAGCCGACCGGGGACCGAGAUCGGGUGGAGAGGCUCUGACUCGCCGCCCAGUCGCCAAAAUGGUUAUUUUUGUAGCGAUUUGCUCGGGGGUGGGGGAGGGGACUUUUUUUUUUUAAGCCCUUUGUGUAGGUUUUGUACUGUUUGUUUACAGGGCAGCCCCAGGACUCUGUCCCGGCCUGAACCUCGGGGGUCCCGGGGACCGGGGGGGGAUGGGAUGCGGGGACGUAUCCGGAUGCCUUUCUGAGUUACCCUCCCACAGCUUAGCCUUUUCCCAUCCCCGCCCCCGGCUGCAGUAGCUAUUUUUUUGUUGUUGUUUGCUUUAGAAUUUUGAAACAGCCUCGGCGACGCCCCUAUUGGCUCUCGCCAUUGGCAACAGGACGGUCGCCAUGGCGACGGGUCCUUGGGCUCCAAUUGUUGGAGCCUGCGCGCGCGCGGGGGGGAGGGGGGAGGGGCGGGCGAGGCCGCUGGUUGGCUGUGGGUCUCCUGGCGCUCAGAGAAGGGGUGGGACGGCUGGGGAGGCGCCCCACCUUUCUCCCCCGGGGCCGGGCCCGCGCCCCUCCGCUCCAGGGCGUGGGGGCUGGGGUGAUGGGGACCAGGGCUCCCCGCUGAUGUGUGGGGGCCCGGCAAGAACUUGAUGCCUUUUGUGCGCAGUGUACAAUCGCUCGGGGCCGUGGCCUCCCCGGCACGGGGCCCUCGGCGCUUUCACUUGUCCUCGUUGGCCUUUUCUAUUUUUUUUUUUUGGCUCAAUAAAUUGUUUAAACAUUU